UCGCGGCAGCCUGCAGCCCGUGUGUGUCCUCGCCUCGCUCGCGCGCGCGACAGACUCGUUUCUGUCCCCCUCCCCUUGUCAGCUGCAAUCGAUACACGCAUAUCCGUGCACGAGUAUCUUAUACCUACGAAAAGCGCGAGCGGCUCCUGCUUCCGAAAUACUUACUCGUUGAAAAAAUACGUCACGCCGACGAGAGGGUGUUUUAGGUUAUAAAGUACUCUGCAUCCCACUCGGUGCAAGCAGUGCGUGCAGCGUUUAUAUAGUAUAGAGAGAGAGAGAGAGAGAGCGAGAGAAAGCGCGCCCGCGAGUAGAUAUAUAUACACAUAUCGCAGUGUGUUGUAUACGUGCUGACUGCCUCGCCUAUUCGCGGCGCGUCAAUAUAUGCGCGCGCGCGUCUAGACGGCGGCGCGCGGCGGUGCAGCAGCGUCGUGUUAUACGGAUUGAGAGAGAGAGAGAGAGAGAGAGAGAGAGAGAGAGAAGCGCAGUCUAUGUACACAAUAAACACGAGACACGAGUGUAGAAUAAAUACAAUAACGUACGCUGAGCGCUCGUACGCCGCAAUCCCCUCGCGCGCGAGUGCAGAAAGAGGAGGAUAACAACAUUGCAAUCAUAUAUAUAUACGAGCGCAAGUAGUAAGAGGCCCCGUAGUGGUGAGACGCGCGGGGCUAGCAGAAGAUCACUAUAACUGCACACCGAGCGGCUAGCAGACGGCAACGUCACCGCGACAGCGAGAGGAGAGCCGCCUGUGUCCGCCAGCAGAAGUUUCCAUACGUUCUCUCUCUCUCUCUCUUCCCUCCUCUCUCUCACUCUUCUCUCUAUUAUCCUCGUGUCCGCACAUCUCCCCACUCAUCCACCGCCGCCGCAAAGAAGAGCCUCUGUAUAUACUAUACACACACACACACACACCGCGCGAGCACAAGAGCAGCCGAGAAGAUCCGAAAGAGAGAGAGAGAGAGAGAGAGAGAGAGAGAGGAGUGGAGAGAGAGAGAGAGAGAGGCAGUGAGCACAUACGAGGUCCAUCGUACAGCGGAGGUGGCGGCCGAAUGCCUACGACCUCAAGCAGCAGCAGCAGCAGCAGUAGUCUCUCCGAGCAGCAGCGCCGCUCGCGGCGGCAGACCGCGACCGCUCCGUCGUCGUCGUCGCAGCGCAGCAGUUGUCGUCGAGGAGGCGCGCAGCAGGCAGGCCUCCCGUCGUCGUCGUCGUCGUCGUCGUUGCCUCAUUCUGUUCUACUCGCCGCCGCGUAGUGCGAGGCCGACGAUGCUACUCGCGAGUGUACGUUGCCAGUGUUGAUAGAUCUAGAUAAUAAUAUACGCGAGCACCGCAUCAGAGCCGUGCGCGCCGAGUAUCGAACACGAAGAGCAGCGAGCGGUGUGGUAUAUAUAUAUACCUAUACACACAUACACACGCGCGCGCCUAUACCUGCCAGAGUGAGAGUAGUCGCAGUUCUCUCGCUCGCUGUAUACCCGAUACAGUCAUACAGUCCACCUACCCCCACACGUACACGCUCAGUCACACACUCACACGCACCCCCACACAUCACACAGUGUUCUUCGGUGCAGGAGAGAAGGAUGAUCCGGUGCGCCAACGCCGCGAGUGCAGCAGCUGCCUCGGCGACGAGCCUCGCCUGAGCGGAGCGCGACAUCCUCGCACAUUCGUACUGCCUUUCUCCUCCGCGUGUGCUCUGCAGGCCCGCUCUUCGCGUGUGGGAUACACACUCGCACACACGUCGUAGAUAGAUAGAUAGAUCGACGAGGGGCAAGCGAGCAGCAUCGUCGUAUACAUCGAGAAGAGGAGGGAAGAGAGAGAAAGAGAGAGAGAGCGGAAGAAGAGUAUAUUGUGAGUGCGCGAGUGUCCGGCCCCGUAGCAGUAUAACAGCAGCGUUAUUCCUCUCUCGGCCCGGAUUCACGCAGCGUAGGAGCGAAGAAGAAGCGAGGAGAGAAAGAGCAAGAGAGAGCGAGAGAGAGAGAGAGAGAGAGAGAAGCGCGCACUGGCGACAGCGGCGCCGCCAUCGGAAAGCUCCGAGCUAGACAGCACCACCACCAUACCCGCAGACAGCACCACCGCCAGGAUGACCUCCAACAACUCGCAGAAGCUCUCCACGACGGACCGGGUUAUCAAAAAUGUGCCAUUCCCGCCGUCGCGCAAGCUCACCGUGGCCGAGGUGUUCGACUCGCGGACGCUGAGGCCACGACCGGAUGUCCUCAAGCAGCACUUCAUCCUCGAGGGGAGGAUCGACGAGGCCGCGGCGCUCCGCAUCAUCAACGACGGCGCGGCCCUCCUCCGCUCCGAAAAGACGAUGAUUGAUAUCGAGGCGCCGGUCACCGUUUGCGGCGACAUUCACGGGCAGUUCUACGAUUUAAUGAAACUAUUCGAAGUAGGUGGGCCACCUUCGUCCACGAAAUACCUCUUCCUUGGGGACUACGUCGAUAGAGGCUACUUCAGUAUCGAGUGCGUAUUGUACCUGUGGGCAUUGAAACUGUGCCAUCCAAAUACACUCUUUCUCCUCAGAGGUAACCACGAGUGUCGGCAUCUUACAGAAUACUUCACAUUUAAGCAAGAAUGUAAAAUUAAAUACUCAGAGAGAGUUUACGACGCGUGCAUGGACGCCUUCGACUGCUUGCCGCUCGCAGCUCUCAUGAACCAGCAGUUCCUCUGUGUGCACGGUGGCCUUUCGCCGGAAAUUCACAAUUUAGAAGACAUACGCAAGCUCGACAGGUUCAAAGAACCGCCGGCUUUCGGACCCAUGUGCGAUCUUCUCUGGUCGGAUCCCCUCGAAGACUUCGGCAACGAGAAGAACGCCGAGCAUUUUUCCCACAACAGCGUGCGAGGCUGCUCGUAUUUCUACAGUUACGCGGCGUGUUGCGACUUCCUCCAGAACAACAAUCUGCUGAGCAUCAUUAGGGCGCACGAGGCACAGGACGCUGGAUAUCGCAUGUACCGCAAGUCGCAGACGACGGGCUUCCCAUCGCUGAUAACCAUUUUCAGUGCCCCGAAUUAUCUCGAUGUUUACAAUAACAAGGCGGCUGUGCUCAAAUACGAGAACAACGUGAUGAACAUUAGGCAAUUCAACUGCUCGCCACAUCCGUAUUGGCUACCGAAUUUCAUGGACGUCUUCACGUGGUCUUUGCCUUUCGUUGGUGAAAAAGUUACGGAAAUGUUAGUAAACGUCCUGAACAUUUGCUCGGACGACGAACUUAUGAGCGACGGAGACGAUGCCCUCGAAGAAGAUGUCGCAGCCAAAGUCGUUGUCCAAAAAAAGAAUGGUGCAGCAGCCAAUCAACGCAAGGAAGUUAUUCGGAACAAGAUCAGAGCCAUCGGCAAAAUGGCGCGCGUCUUCUCUGUGCUCAGAGAGGAGAGCGAGAGCGUGUUACAGCUCAAGGGACUCACACCGACCGGUGCUCUGCCACUGGGUGCACUUUCCGGAGGAAAGACGUCCUUGAAGAACGCGCUGCAGGGCUUCUCGCCGAAUCACAAGAUCACGUCGUUCGCCGAGGCGAAGGGCCUGGACGCGAUAAACGAGAGGAUGCCACCGCGAAAGGACGCGCCCCCGACGCCGGUUAACGAGGAGAAGCCAACUGUCAUCAAGACGCCCACAACACCGGGCGGACAGCAGCCGCAGACUCAACAGCAGCAGCCUGAAAACAAGCGGGACCACGGCACAACGCAGCCCCACUCGUGAGCCUCGCACUCCUCUUAAUGAAGGUAACAAUGGCGAUGCCCAAGUCCACAGCGGUUGCCAAAGCCACAAGUAAUACCAACCACCAUCGCUCGUCUCUUCCCGAAUACUAGAAACAAAAAAACUAAAAACCAUCACCACCAAAACAGCAACAACUAUCACCACCACUACCACCACCACCACCAACAACAACAGCAACCUAUCGAACUCGGCGAGUUGAAAAAAAAGGUGCAGCAUGCAGCAGGUCGUCGACGAGAGAUAGCCCCUCGCUCGUCGCCCCGACGUUUGUGGAAACAUCACACGGCCGAGGGAGUCAGAGACGAUUUAGCAGCAACAGCAGCAGCUACAUUCUACGAGAUAAGAAAAGCAUUGAGAAAGCAAACAAUUUUAAUGAAAGCAAAAAACCUUUUCUCUUUCACGCGCAUUAAAAAAAAGAAAAGAAAAAAAACAAAAAAAACUAAACAUAUUUACGUACACCUACGAACUGCAUGCCGUUUUACUAAGAAUGACGAUAAGCGAUGCCGCGAGGCCGAAAGAUUAUAAUCUGUUUAAGCGAGAUCGUACGGCAAGUUAAGGAUUUAAGAAUAAACUUAAAAAAACAAACAAACAAUUAUACAUAUGCAUAGCGAGAGCGAAAGUGGAGAGCCAGCUUGUAGGACACAUCUCCUGUAUCUCGAAUCUCGUGCAUGCGAAGGGAGAUAUCAUAUGGACGACACGUGGCUCGAGUACAUUUGUACUCAUCCUUACGCGAAGGGAAACGUUGCGAUCACGAUAAUGACGAUGAAAAUCACGAUGAUAAAAGUUCUAGGAUAAUGAAAUCUUUCCCUGUGCACGUAUAUGUUAAUAAAAACGGAGACGACGAA